AUGCUGGGCGCACAUAUCCCCGUUUAUGAUGCAACCAGCAUGCUGUCACAGCAUGAUGGAGGCCGUGCCAAUGUUGAGGCUUUGUGUGGCUUGGACGCCACAGCUUCCUUUGAUUGUGUUCAUGGCAUGGGAGAAAUCCAAGAAGCAGUGAACGACUAUGGAAUCAGCAAAGUUGGCACUACCACCACAGUGCUUGGGCAAGGUUGCACUUUCCAACUUCAAGCAGGAAUGUUACCAGAUCAGCAGAUAACCUGGGAGGAAUUGGCCAAGCAUUCAACCACUCAAGACUGCUGGGUCAUCCUGGGAUCCCAGGGGAUCGUAUGGGAUAUCACUGCUUACUUGCCGAAGCACACAGGGGGGUCGGCAAGUGUUGGAAUGCAUUGUGGUGGUGACGCAACAAGCCCUUUCGACAAGAAGCACAAAGCGGGCUACAUCACAACCAUGGCUCAAAAGGGUGGCAUCCCUCAAGGUACAAUCAGUGGCCCACAACCAGCAUUGGACUCAGGUACUGUGCAUCUCACACCUUUGCAAAUGAGCGAGGUCGCAAAGCACAGCAUAGCAGCCGAUUGCUGGGUGGCAGUUCACGGCUAUGUCUUGGACGUCACAGGGUACUUUUCCGGCACCUAA